AGGAGGAAGUGAUCAGCACAUCAGCUGUACGAUUCUGUCGUAUUUCUGAUAUUAUGAUAAUAAACAGGAUUGAUUUCCCUGCAGAAACUCCAGCAGAGAGAGAGAGAGAGAGAGAGCGAGAGAGAGAGAAAGAGAGAGAGAGAGCGAGAGAGAGAGAGCGGUCAGUCAUGCAGUCCUGCAGUUCUGCUCUCUGUAUCCUGAUCUUACUGAUCUCUACAUUCACUACUGUGCUUCUGUCAGCUGUUCCUCCAGUGGAGGUGAAUCUUCAUGACUCUGCUACUCUGCCCUGCUCUGAGAGAUGCUCUGGUUUGGUCAGAUGGACUGUCUUCACCAAACCCACUGAUACUCUGGCUGAGUGUGAUCAGACUUCAUGUAGAUCAGUGAAGGAGGGAUAUCAGAUGAUCCAUGAUCAGUACCUGAAGGGGAAUCUCUCUCUCACCAUCACUGACGCUGAUUUCUCUAAGAGGAACAUGUACACGUGUACAUGUGAUAACAUGGCUGUCUGUGAUGUGUCUCUGAGGCUUCAGGCUCCUGUGUAUUCUAAGGAGGUACAGCCUAGAGAAUCUCUCAUCCUGGAUCUUCCAAUCUCAGAGCCAGUGAGGGUGACUUUUACCAGAACUGGAGAUGCCAUUCAGAACCCCGUGAAGCUGUGUGAGGUAGAGGGGUGUAAAGUCCAGUGUGACCUUCCAUAUGAGGAGAGAGUGCUGUUCCAGUCCAGUCUGCAGCUGAAGGACCUGAAGUACUCUGAUGGUGGUGUUUACACCAUAGUGGACACUGGGAAUGAGGAGACUGUGUCUACUUAUAGCGUCAGUAUUGUUGGAGGUGAGAAGGAGAGCUGGAUAUGGAGCUUUUGGGAGACAGCUAAAUUAUACAUCGGGUUUGUUGUGGGGCUCGUGGUUGGAGUGCUGCUGGGCUUCUUUGUCCUACCACCUUUAAUACAUUGCUGCUGCUGCUGGAAGAAAGUAAAGAAAAGUGGUGAUAACAAAGACACUGCUGAGGAAACAAGCUCGACUCCUCCUGAAAAUAUUACUCUGACAGAGGUUUCACCUGGUUAGGUCAGUUUGUGGAAAUGCAGAGUGUAGAGCAUCAGAACUUGAUAUGUUUUCACACACAAAGAUAAUGAAUCUCCUGCUUCUUUAGUCUGGAGAAGGAUUUAAAAUGUCAUUGUCUUUUAAAAGCCAUCAGGUACUUUAUGCCUCCUCUUUCUGCACCAUCUUCAUCUCCUCCCAGCCAGCAUAGUUCUCUACAGAGCUGCUGGUGUUCUGGCCAGCUUUGAGAAGGCUGGAAACCAGUUGUUCACAGCUUAAACUGUUUAGCAGCUCUUGACGACGGUGUAAAAUGUUUGUGUCAGCCUUGUGAAAGUUUCAGCUGAACAGUAGGAGGAUAACAAUAAAACAAUAGCAUCAAUUGAGAGGGUAAUUGUGCAUGGUCAGAUUAAAAUGAUUUAAUCACUGAGCAAUGAAGAAGCAGGUGAUUAGCAGCUGAUUUAGGAGUGAACUGUAGUGUAGUUUUAUUACCAGCUUUUGCCACCUCUGCCAACACCAGUCAACAAAACUGUGACAAACUGGGAUGAACAAAACAAAAACUGGUCCUGAUUCGUCCUUUUAUGGGUUCAUUUAUUUAAUAAUAACUGACCUUCAUAACAACAAAAGGAAAUAAGAUAGAAGUGUCAUCAUUACAGCAUUAACUCUGUCAAUCAGAAAUGACCCUCCCACUGACUGUUCUGAUUGGCUGCUCUGGUUUUCGGGGUCUAAUUCCAGCAUCUUUCUUGCUUCAGCAGCGCAGUGAUGAGAAUGUGUGUGAUAUAAACACUGAGCUGCUCAGUGAACGGAGGAAGACCUGGUGUUGUAUUCUCUAUGCACUGAAGGAAAACUGUAAAUAUAGUAGUGUUCCCCUAUUGGCUAAUUCAGCCGUGGAGGCGUGGAGCCUCCUGGGAAAGCGCUGGCUGCAGGAAGAGAGAGAGUGUAAUUGGUAAAUAGUUGUUGUCUGUUAGCUCAAAGGUGUGCAGCAGUGUUGGGGUGUGUU